AUGCAAAGUAAAAUUCUAUUCUGUAGAUUUUAUGAUAAAUCUCAACGUAUCAAGAGAAAAAGAAGAUUACUACGGAAUUCAUGUAUUAUCCAACAGAUGAACCCAUCAUUAAAUGAGGAUAAACAAACAGAAUUAGGAAUGAUUGAUGUAAAUGGUUUGCAGACACCUUGUGAAGUGAAUCCUGAACUAACAAAACCUCUCGUCUUAUUUCUUAAUUCAAGAAAAGAAGUACUUUCUUCCGCUCCUACAUCACCAAAUAGUAGUGAUGGUGAAACAUCUGGUCCUUUAUCCUCAGUAAAAUAUCGAUAUCCAAAAGAUUCAAGAAAUGCUUAA